AUGACAGGCCCCAAACCCCUGGUCAAGAUUGAGGGUGAUUGCUCCACCAUUCACAGCAAUACACUCUACGUCUAUUCACCGGAUGGCUUUGCCUCCAUACCCCUCAAAGAAAAUGGAACAUGGCACCAACUUCCCUCGCCAGAACACAAGGUGACCGGCCCUGUCUGCAUCCAGGGUGGGAUCGAUGGCAUGGAAGACGGAGACAACAAUGCGCUCUACAUGGUCGGCGGGACCGGCCUCUCGGAUAGCAGUGGUCUUCAGCGAUUUUCCUUCCGGGCACAGAAGUGGGAGACACUACCCAUAUCAUCGGCAGAGAUGAAAGAUCGGACUGGACAUGGCGCCGGAUACCUUUCCUCGAGUUCACAAAUAUUGGUAUACGCAGGAAACAAAGACGGCAGCAAACAGAUCUCCCAAUCGACUCUGCUCAUUUCCACAAAGUCGUCGACCUUUGAGAUUACAUCCGGGCUUGAUCAUGGCGCGCCGGCAUUGUAUGAUCCCAUCAUCUUGCCUUGGAGUGAUACCCAAGUUGCCUUGAUCGGAGGUUCUGACACCAACACCGCCAUUUUUAUCUACGACCCCGAAAAUGACAAAGGCUGGACCAUCUCUGAGGCGACUCUUCCCGAUGCAAUCCCAGCCUCAUCCCGAUGUGCGCUUGCUAAGGAUUCGCAUGGCAAUAAGAUUCUCGAACUAUUCAAUAUGGAUGUAUCUCCGAACAGUGUCACUAGCUAUGUUCUCAGCUCGAAAGGAAAGCUGCAGAAUCCGGCUCCGGCCAUCACAUCUUCUGAAAAGAGGAGUAUUACCGAUCCCUACGACAGCAAAUUCGCCCCCACGCAAACUUGGUCCGACUACGCCCUUGCUCAGAGUAACAAUGGCUUAGUCGUACUCGCUAAUGGCAAAAACAACGACUCAUUAGCAAUCUUCAACCAAACAUCCAAUGGCUGGGUUAAUUCUACAGAGUUAUUUUAUGGGAAAGGAGAACAGAAUGUUCUUAAACCAUCCACCACAUCAUUCACAUCAUCUACUCAGACACCCACCUCAACUACAUCCACAUCGAACUCAGCCUCAGUCACUUCAGCCUCCUCAUCAACGCCAACCUCCUCAUCGACGCCAGCUGCGGCUGCAACUGGCGGGGGCGGCCUGAGUGAUCAUGGAAAAAUGAUUCUUGGCGCAACUCUUGGGAGUGUACUCGGAUUUGGCUUGGUCCUGCUCAUCAUUCUUUUCCUACUACGACGUGAGAAGCAGAAGAGAGCGGGGACUCAGUCUGGCAGUGGCGGCGAUAGCAAAGAUCGCCUCAGCUUCCAGGAUCAAGGAAUAGAACCCUUGGCCGAAAGCGCCUACCCCAUGGCCAGAUCUCCUGUCCCAGUUGCUGCUGCUUCGGUGGACUCCCUGGCUAUUAUGACCGGAAAUUACAGCAGUGGAGAGAAAUCACUCAAGCCACCCGGUGGUACGGGCUAUGGAUUGUCCUCCCAACGCAAGGGCAGCCCACUCUCCACGGUUCCCUCAAGCGGUGCCAUGGGUGCAUCGAGUGCGUACACUGAUGACACCGAUCGCGCUGGUGAUAACACUGCCCGUGUAAAUCAGCCCGGAGAUCGAAUGACAGACGAAGGAUGGGAAAAGUAUUUUGAGGACGGCGGCGCCACUAACUUGCAAUCCGACCGCUCGACCAUCAGUUCCGCCUACACCAAGUCCGAUUACCGCGGAAGCGGUUGGCCGAUGAGUAGCUUAACACCAUUAAACUUCGGAUUCCUCGACCAGCCCAAGCCCCUUGGCCACGUCUUUAGUGGCAGCCCAACGACAGAACAUGGUUCUUCGGGGAUGGAUGGUCGAAACCUUGUGAUCCCGGAGAGUCAGUCGGCACGCAUCUCCAGUGCAGACUCAAUCAGUAUUGCCUCAGAUGACGACCGUGAUGAUCCAAAGUGGCAAGGUGCGGGCCAAAAUAGCUGGCUGGGCCGCCCUACAAGCAGUAAUUACACUACCAGCUUUUACCACACAAGUACCCAAGACUUGCCAUGGUCAUCAUCAAAUAAGAGUCUUGGAAACAAGGGAAUGCACUCCAAUGCGCGAAGAUCCAGCAUUAUCAUUCCAGAUGAUAUUGAUGAGAAUUCAAUGCAAGCACACAAGAACUAUACCAAUUCAGAUAUGAGCUGGCUCAAUCUCCAUGCUGAUCGCUAA